UUAUGAGUGGUGAGUUUCUGUGUCAUGACUGUCGUCCCGAGUUGCGUCUUUAAACUCCAUCAUGCGGCGCUACGGUCGCGCACUGACGCUGUGCACGGUGUUCGCCGUCUUCUCGGGUCUGUACGUGUACAAUAAGCUUCAGGACACGGACGCAUCUGUCGCAGGAACCGGGCCGAAGAGCGGCUUCAUCCCGGUGCCCGGAGCCAGACGAGGGGCCGCGGACCAAACUGGGCCCCGAAACCUUCACUGGUACGUCAUGCGUCAGCGGGGUCAGGUGGAGGCCGGCGGCAGCGUCCAGAGCCGACCCGAGCCCCCCAUGCACCUGGCUGUGGUGGCCUGUGGUGAGCGGCUGGAGGAGACCCUCACCAUGAUCAAGUCCGCUGUGCUUUUCAGCAUCAGACAACUCGACCUGCACAUCUUUGCUGAAGAUCAGCUCCACACCAGCUUCAUGGAAGCUUUGGCUUCGUGGCCUGGAUUCAUUCGCUCCAGGUUCAAGUACACAGUUUACUCCAUCAGCUUCCCCAGUGACAACGCAGCCGAGUGGAAGAAACUCUUCAAACCCUGCGCUUCUCAGAGGCUCUUCUUACCCCUGAUCCUCAAGGACAUCGACUCGGUCGUGUACGUGGACUCGGACAUCCUCUUCCUGCAGCCCGUAGACCGACUGUGGGCGUUCCUGCCCCGCUUCAAUUCCUCCCAGUUGGCGGCCAUGGCCCCCGAGCACGAGGAGCCCCGCAUCGCCUGGUACAACCGCUUCGCCCGCCACCCUUUCUACGGCAGGACGGGCAUUAACUCGGGGGUCAUGCUCAUGAACAUGACCAGGAUGAGGAACACGUUCUUUAAGAACGACAUGACGUCUGUGGGGCUGCGCUGGGAGGAGCUGCUGAUGCCUCUGCUCCAGAAAUACAAACUGAACAUAACCUGGGGGGACCAGGACCUUCUCAAUAUCAUUUUCCACCACAACCCUGAGACGUUGCUGGAGUUUCCGUGCAAGUGGAAUUACCGUCCCGAUCAUUGCAUCUAUGGCAGCAACUGUGCUUCAGCCGAGGAGGACGGCGUGUACGUACUGCACGGAAACCGAGGGGUUUACCACGACCACAAGCAGCCCGCCUUCCGAGCCGUGUACGAGGCCAUACGAAAAUUUCCGUUUGGCGCCGACCCGGUGACGUCUUUGCUGGAUCCUCUAGAAGAGGAGCUGUUGAAGACGACACACACGUACUGUGGUAAAUCCUACGCACUCUUCACAAAGACACUGGCACAGAGCCUGGCAAACACCAACAGGAAGGCUCCACGUGGACGGUGACAAAAAAAAUGAAAGACAAGACGGGACAGAAGCCAAUAGGAUUUUUUUAACAAGCUCAGCCACCAAGAUAAGGAAAAUGUCUUUUUGUGGCUGAACAUCCUUCCUUAUGUCCUUGUGGAGGAAAUUGAACUCCCCCCAAACUGAUUGAAGCUCUCCUGCUUUGAACAGCACGUCUUAUGACUGAUGUACAAAAUCACAGCCACUGACGCUUGAACUGGCACUGGUUCAAAAACAAAUCAUGGAUGUACUUCUCUACCUUUGAUUCUGUGGAAUGAGUAGAGUUUCUUUAUAGCUAAAUGUCCAACAUAUGCAAAUAUUAGAAGUUGGUUCAUUCUUAUAAACACUGGGGGGCGCUAAUUCUCCAGUAAUUUCUUUCAUCAAUGAAUUGGAGGAACGUUAGUCUACUUAAAUAUUUGAAGUUCUUGUUUGCCGGCACUUUCUUUGUCUCGUCAGUGCAGCAGAAACCUCAUUGAACCUUGAAGCCACAUACUCCAUGUAUGUCUUGAUUUAUCUGCAAAGAUUGUUUCCAAUGGACUUUGUCGCAUUUUCUUUUUAGUGAUACACAUUUACCGAUAUUUCAAGAAUUUUCGUUUUCCACCCAGGAUUGUUUUUAUGCUCAAAUCGAAACUUUUCAUAAAAACAAGUGGAUGGAAACCAACUAAAGCGGCAGCUGAAGUUGUCUGAGACUGUUGCUCUGGAUAAGAGCGUGAUGUAAAUGCCUGAAAUCUACUGUUUAUGUAGUGUAGGCCAGUUUGUAGCUAAAUACUAAAUCUAACAGUCGCUCUAAACUUUACUGCAAAUGUGUGCAUGUUUUUAUAAUUUACUGACCACUUGAGAUCCUCUCAGUGCCUUUGGCUCUCGACUGAAGGUGCGAGAGUAGCUCUUGACUUUCCAUAUUGGAGAAUUUAUUAAACAUUGUGAAGCACUCUUAUUAAAAAGAGACAAACCGUAUGGGAACUGGACAGAAGAUGCACUGGACCACUUUCAGCCUUCAGAAACCACUCCUUCUGGGAUUGUUCUGCAUUUCUUGAAACCUUCAUCAGAGUACUGUUUGCUCAAGUAAACAUUUGGUCUAUUCUUUGUUAUUUUAUAUGUUACAGAAGUUGCCUUAACCUGGGAGGCAAACAAAUAAGUUGUCAGUUUUGUUAUGUCGCGUCACGUGACACCACAUAAGUUUGUCGUUUGCUUUUUUGAAAUGAACUUUUUUUACAUUUCAUCAUGUUUUAAACAAGAAUGUUUAAAGAACAUUGCUGCUGAUUAAUUAGUCACCUCAGACUAUUGUUGUGUCAACCAGACACUCAGAUAUGAUGGAAAUUCUGCAACACAGUGACCACUUUAACAUGGCCGCCAAUAUUCAGACUGUUGACCUUAUCCUGAUGUUUUUUCAAUUAUGGCGUUAAUAGAAUAUUGUAUUCAUAUUAUUCCAAUUUACAUGUUGACUCACAUCAUUACGUCCACUUUUCAAAUACACGUCCGUUAUUCUGCCAAUUUGAAAACACCAACCUGAAAUCGUACGAUGUUACAGUUUACCACUUUCAGUGCUUUCUUUCUAAUUUUGCAAAAGCUUAUCCUCCUCAUUUGUCCUUCUUGAUUACACCCAGGUCGUAUGUUGAUGUAGCAAAAUGCUGUGACGUGAUAAUGUGAUUAAGCAGCUACGUGUCUACAUAACUAAAGUUGCAAUAUUCUACCCGUCUUAAUUUGAUUAUCGUUUACCACGAGUAUGACCUUUUUUCAGGUUAAGGUAAUAAAAAAAAGGCUAUCCAUGUUAACUUGGUCACUGUUUAGCUGCCAUACAUUAGCGUUUACAAUGCAGAAAAACUACUAUUGAACAUGUGAAUAAGCUACAAGUUCUCUCCUGAUGCCAAAGUAUUUGUUUUAUUACUAUUAUUCAGUUAUUGUUUUGCACCGGUGAAUGUAUUUUGUAUAAUAAGGGAUGAAAUGUUGUAAAUAUCUGUCAGUGUAUUGGAUACAGUGAAGAUAUCCUUUGUGACUUAACUUUGUUUACUUGUUUAUUUGUCACUACUAAAAUUGCAAUGUCUUUUUUUUUUUACAUUAAAGAUCUGUGU